AUGGCCUCACUCGGAGAUGAUUUGCUUGUCACCGUCAACAAGCUUCAAGAUCUGGUUUUCAACACCAUCGGCAAUGACUCCCUCGACCUGCCUCAGAUUGUUGUUGUAGGCUCCCAAUCUUCCGGCAAAUCGUCUGUACUUGAAAAUAUUGUCGGUCGAGAUUUUUUACCGAGAGGCAGCGGGAUUGUUACAAGACGACCGUUAAUCCUGCAGCUGAUAAAUAUCCCUGGUGAACGCGAUUCCAGAUCAGAGACUGAUCCGGUUCAUGGCCCGCAUCCGGCACCCGGCGUUGCAGCUCAGGGUGAGUGGGCCGAGUUCCAUCAUCUACCUGGACGCAAGUUCGAGGAUUUUGCUCUAGUCAAACAGGAGAUCGAGAAUGAAACGGCUAGAAUUGCAGGAAAUAAUAAGGGUAUCAAUCGGCAGCCCAUCAACCUGAAAAUCUUCUCCCCUCACGUCCUAAAUUUAACUCUCGUGGACCUCCCCGGUUUGACAAAAGUUCCAAUUGGGGACCAACCUUCUGACAUUGAGAAACAAACUCGUACACUGAUUUCCGAAUAUAUUGCGAAGCCGAACAGCAUUAUCCUUGCGGUGUCUCCGGCCAACGUUGAUCUUGUCAACUCCGAGGCUUUGAAACUCGCCCGCCAAGUAGAUCCCAUGGGACGGAGGACGAUUGGUGUGCUGACCAAAUUGGACCUCAUGGACCAUGGUACAAAUGCUCUGGAUAUUCUCACUGGUCGGGUUUACCCCUUGAAGUUGGGCUUCAUUGGCGUUGUCAAUCGGUCUCAACAAGACAUUCAAAGUGGCAAGUCAUUGGCUGAGGCCCUGAAGUCUGAAGAGGAGUUUUUCAGGCACCAUCCCGCUUAUCGGAAUAUGGCGAACCGCUGUGGAACGCAGUUUCUGGCAAAGACUCUCAAUUCUACUUUGAUGGCUCAUAUUCGCGACCGUUUGCCCGAUAUUAAGGCUCGGCUCAACACUCUGAUGGGGCAGACACAGCAGGAACUUGCCAGCUAUGGCAACAAACAAUUCAGUGGCAAGGAACACCGGGGAUCAUUGAUCCUGCAACUAAUGACACGUUUCGCCUCUUCUUUCAUUGCCUCUAUCGACGGAACCUCUUCGGACAUCUCGACUAAGGAACUGUGUGGAGGGGCGAGAAUCUACUAUAUUUUCAAUUCCGUCUUUGGCCAGUCACUUGAGAGCAUCGACCCGACCCAAAAUCUCACGGCCUACGACAUUCGAACUGCGAUACGUAAUUCGACUGGACCCCGUCCAAGCCUGUUUGUGCCGGAACUUGCGUUUGACCUUUUAGUCAAGCCUCAGAUCAAGCUCUUGGAAGUCCCCAGUCAGAGAUGUGUUGAAUUGGUAUACGAAGAGCUGAUCAAAAUUUGUCACACCUGUGGUUCUCAAGAGCUUUCACGGUUCCCCCGCCUUCAAGCCAAACUGAUCGAGGUGGUGUCAGAUCUUCUCCGUGAACGGUUGGGCCCGUGUUCCAGUUACGUUGAGUCUCUUAUUGCCAUACAAAGGGCAUAUAUCAACACUAAUCAUCCAAAUUUCCUGGGUGCCGCUGCCGCCAUGUCUUCUGUCAUCCAGAGCAAGCAAGAGCAGGAAAAGAAGGCACUACUAGCCGAAGAAAAGAAGAAGCGUGAGAAGCGACGGCUGAAGGAACUUGGGGGAGUGAAUGGCACUGCAGUUGCCGAGGAAGAUGAAGAACAGCAGGCUGAUCAGAAGACACAAGCUAUUCCUGUCCGAGGUUCCAACGGGACUGGUCCUCGAAACCUGUCCCCACACGUGGGCAGGGGAGCGGAGAAUAACGUUUCUACAACGCUAAACGGAGCACAGCAAUCAACGUCCCCUCCGAGAUUUGGGUCCACGAAUACAGCCCGUGAUUCAUUCCUCAAUUACUUCUUUGGCAAAGAGGGAGGUAUCCAGUCAGCUGGGCCUCUCCCUCAGCCAACAUCGUCUCAAGCUAGGCGUGUUGGCCACUCUACUGAGCCCAGUAUCAGCCACAGUAUCCGCAGAGCGGAGACAAAGUCACCGGUCCUGCCACAUGAUGAAUAUAACGCUCCCACCUCUGAAUAUGGAGGUGACGGUUCGCAAUUUCCCGAUGAUAAUGCUGAGCCAACCCUCACUGAGCGGGAGCUUAUGGAGACUGAGUUGAUACGGAAAUUGAUAUCGUCAUACUUCAAUAUUGUGCGGGAGACCAUCGCGGAUCAAGUUCCUAAGGCUAUUAUGCACCUUCUUGUCAACCACAGUAAGGAUGUGGUUCAGAAUCGACUUGUCAGUGAGUUAUACAAGGAGGAGCUUUUUUCUGAGCUUCUUUAUGAAGAUGACGGGAUCAAGGCGGAGCGUGAAAAGUGUGAGAAGCUUUUGGAAACUUACAAGGAAGCGGCAAAGAUUGUGGGUGAAGUCUUGUAA